CCUUCCUCCUCCUCCUCCACGAUCCUACAACACUCUCCAACAUGAAUAUCCUGUUGUUAGCCGUGCUCCUUCCCGCCUGCCUGGCCGACAAGCCCUCCAGCAGUCAUGGUCAUUCCUUCUUCCGACUGCCGUCUCACUCUGGCGAGUCUAGCGAGGAGACCUUCAUCCGACGACCUGUCUUCUCACCCCGCCCUCCGCUCCGUCCGGUCUCCGCCCCGCGUCAAGCCCCAAGGUCCACUUUCCCUGCUCCAAGGCUUUCACCCCAAUCUCCCUUCGCCCCACGCCCAGCAGCCCAAUCCAGCUUCUCCGCCCCACGCCCAGCAGCCCAAUCCAGCUUCUCCGCCCCACGCCCAGCACCCCGGCCCAGCGCCUCCCCACGCUCAUCACCACAGCCCAGCUACUCUGCCCCUCAGCCAUCCUACCAGCCCUCGGGGCCCGUCGUCCCCAUCCUGGUUGACGAGCGCGUCCAUCCCGACGGCGGAGCUUACAGCUUCCUGAUUGAGACUGGCGAUGGCCUCAAGUGGCAGGAAACUGGAAGACCUAUUCCUGGCGAAGAAGGACCCGUCAGCGCCGCCUCCGGCUCAUAUUCCUUCACCCUCCCCGACGGCCAAGUGUUCCAGCUUAGUUAUGUGGCCGAUGAGAACGGGUUCCAGCCCGAGUCCCCAUUCCUGCCUGUGGCGCCCGAGUUCCCCCACCCCAUCCCCGCCCACGCCCUCGAGCAGAUCGAGCGUGGGCGUCUGGAACACGAGGCUCGCGCCCGCGGUGAGCUGCGUCAGGCACCAGCCAGGGGCUAUGGCGCCCCUCCACAAUAAUUCUGAGCCCUCCAGAUGAACCUCUUAUUGAAACAUUAACUUUAAGGGAAAGCUAUUUAUUGCGGUUAUUUAUUUGGAAAAUAUAAUAUAAAAAUAUACUGAAUGAACUUUU